AUGAGUGUUCGAACAAUAAUACGAGAUUUGAAGGAGAACUGCCCUACCUCAUCGAUGACAGAGAAAGCAAUCCGAGGAUCAACAACAAAUGCAGUUUUUGCAUACUCAAUCCAUUUGUUAGAGUGGCCUGAUGACAAGUGUAACUACAAUCAUUGCCCAUGGGGGUCGUCAUCUACACUAAAUCUGGAUUUAUCUAAUCCGAUUCUUACAAAAGCAGUCCAAGGUUUUUUUAGUCCAAUCGCAAGAAGAUCACUUGUCACCUUUGGCUUAAAUGCACUUCGAGGAAGACACCAGAUUAGGAAGGGGGUUUGGGGAGGAAGUUGGAAGUCCAACAAUGCUCAUGAUUUUAUAAAGUAUACUGUUUCCAAGGGGUAUCAAAUACAUUCAUGGGAAUUUGGAUUUGAGUGCUUCUUAAGGAAACAGACAAUUGUUCUUUGCCAAGUAGAAAAAGUGAAAGAAGACAUGUUCAAUAAGCUAUACGGCUCCAUAAGAAGCGAUGAGGAUAAUUCUUACAGGAUGCAUUAG